AUGAGUGGGGGUUACGUUUUCUCUGCAGCAUUAAAAUCAAAUGGUAAAUUGGAUUCUUCCACGCUAUCUAAUGAGUCUCCAAUUACUACUAAUAAGCCUUCAGUUACAGCAUCAGAAAACAAUUAUGGUUACCCUUAUUGUUAUUUGGAUUAUCACGAGUUGUUUAGUCCAAAAUGUAGACAUUGUGGUAAUACUAUCGAAGGAUUUUUCAUCACGGCACUUGGAAAAUCCUGGCAUCAAGAACACUUCUUUUGCCAUGAGUGUGGUAAUCCAUUCGAAUCUGGUGGGUUUAUGGUUAAUGAUGGAUUUCCUUAUUGUGAAAAAGAUUGA